AUGGUUGUGGUUGUGGUUGUGAUAAUGGUUAGAGGUAGUAAUUGUGGUGGUACUGGUACUGGUGGGGGUAGUAGUUGUGGGGGUGGUGGUAGUUGUGGUGAUGGUAGUGGAACUGAUACUAGUGGUAGUGGUGGUGGUGGGGGCGGUUUUGGUUGUGGUAGUGGUGGUGGUGGUGGUUGUGGUUGUGGUUGUGGUAGUUUUGGGGGUAGCCGGGAUGGUGGUGGUGGGUUUAGUAGUGGUGGGGGUAACGGUUGUGAUUGUGGUUGUGGUAGUGGUGGGUUGGUAGUUGUGGAUGUGGUGGUAGUGUUGGGGUGGGACUUGCUGCAGCACGACCCAGCCGUCCCUGGAUCCGCCCAUGGUUUUGGUAGUAGUAGUGUUGGGGUGAUGUCAACGGCCAAUGAUCAAAGCCGCCCUAGUUGA